UGUAUAUAUCUGCCACUCCUCCUCCCUCUCACUGUCGAGGUUGAUUUGGAUGGAUAGAAGCAGCAGCAGAAGGUGUUGAGCUCCCAUGUCUUCAAUCUGAUCUGAUUCUUCCUGCAGCUGCUUCUUAUUGGGCUUUCACACAGCUCUUCUCCUGGGAUCCUGGUAAGUCUUGUUCCUGAUCUUUAGCUUGAACCAGAACUCAUCAUCAGCUGUUUGCAGCUAUUAGCCUUCAACUUUGAUGAGCGAGAUUAGGAGCAACCACACCACCAGUUGUGGACCUCGGGAUUCAUAACUAGGACAGAUAGUUGUCAGCUGUUAGCAUGGUGGGAAGGAUGAGAUGUGAGGACAGUGACUGGUCGACCACUUCAUAGUACUUCCACAGUAGCAUAAAUGCCAUUCCUGUUGCUUGCAGUCAUGGAUUUUUAAGGUUAGCUAAUGGAUUUGAACUCCAACAACAGAGAAGAUGAGAUUAAAACAGAUGAGGAGAAGUGGCAGAAUUGAGGUGCCAAGAGCGAAAUCUUGAGUAGGUUGAGGCUUAGUAUGGUAGAGCACAGAGGGUGGUACAGCUUUAGUCAACAUGGGCUCUUGUCUUAUUGGUCUAUGCCCUCCCUAAGUUUUCAGACCUGUGGGGAAAUGGAGAAGGUUCAGUGCAUCAAUGGCAGAUCCAAAUAAACAAAUUGAGGAAGAGAGACAGGAAGACAGGUGCAACAGAAUUGGAGGAGGCAGCAAGACCAUUUUGUCAAAGCUUGAGUUCAUUCUCAUGGAUCUCGUUGACUUUGAAACUUGUCCUGUCUAACACAUGACUAACACUGGACUGUGUUCUCCAAACCAGAAGAGCAGAUAGAAGAGGAGGAGGAAGAAGAAGAAGAAGAUGAUGAUGACAGAAGUGGUCGAUCACAAACGACGAGGCCACGAUGGCUUUGUUCUUGGCAACUUGAGUGGAGAAAAGAGGCUCAAAGCUGCCGUCUCUCCCAAGGUCAAGAUUGGUGUCCAGGAGAAGAAGGACAAGAUCGGAGAGCGAGUGUCGAAGCUGCAACAGCUGGUCUCGCCUUUCGGAAAGUCGGACACAGCAUCUGUUCUUUCCGAGGCCACUGCCUACAUCAAAUUCUUGCAUGAUCAACUCCAGGUGCUGAGCGCUCCUUAUCUGCAGACGACAGUGACGGGGGAGAUGGAGGAAGGUGAGCAUCACAGCCUAAGAAGCCGUGGCCUCUGUCUCGUGCCGGUCGCCUCCACACGCAGAAUCGCUCAAAGCAAUGGCGCCGAUCUAUGGGCGCCGGUGAACUCAAACAGAUCACCAUAAACUACAACAGUGUGAUCUUAAUAUCGGUGACUGCAUCUGCAGGUUGAGGAAACAUCUUCUCCAGAGCCGGGAAGUGGUGUCGACUUGUUUGCUUGAUUGAGAUUCUAACUCCAAUUCAUUUCCUCUUCGGACCUGAUAAUUCCAUUACAGUGUCACUCAAUUCAGUGUUGCUCAGAUAUAUUACACCUGUUUGUAUAUGCCAUGAUGGUGCCUCUCACUGGAUGCUGGAAGCAGCUGCAUGCACUUCUAGGAAGAUUAGCUCAAGUAGAAGCUGUGAGAUUGCAUAGAGCCCUAUAGUUUGCAGAUUUCACUGCAACUGGAGAUCUGAACAAUUGCAUGAUAAAAGGAUGUUAUGAUUUCUGUAUUGCUAGUAAGAAAAGCUCAUGUCACAUUUAGUGCACAUGGUUCUUCUGAGAAGGCAGUACAGUCUGCCAUGGAUCAAACCAAAUGCUAGAGAUGAAGGCACUUCUUGUUA